AGCUCAGCUCAUUACAAGUUUCUUCAGAGCCGACAAGAUGUACAUGAAUCCGAUGCGCCUCAUCAAAAAUUCAAUCAUGAAGCCCGCUUAACCAUGUUUAAGUUCGUGUUACGGUUGUCUGAUACGGCACAAGCUGAUGCCUUGUUCUCAGAAGCAUACGCCUGCCUUGAUCAGGGACUCUGCUAUGAGGAGGACAAUGACAGGGUAAAUGCUGCAUCAAUGUACGAGCGUGCGCUCAAUCUUAUUGCGGAAGCAGAGAAAUCGAAGAAUGCAAAAAAGAGUGAACUAUACAAGCAUCUUAUGGAAGCGAAGCCCAGUGCAGCUCAUCGAUUAAAAGUUUUGGAAAAGGAAAUCGCCGAAAACAGAUCGGAGAAAGUUGGAGGUGUUGAUGACGAGAAACAUGAGAAGGCGAAAUCUGAACUUCGAGAUUGCUUGGAGGGAGUUGGGGAUGCUGAGGCUGACGUUAUUUUCUCCAUUCCGGAUGGGGUUCAGCUUUUCAGUAUAGAUGGAGAUGAAACUACAGUACCAACAUAUCCAACGUCCUUGCAAAUUCUUCGUUUCAAUGCGACCGAUCCAACAUCAAAGCUCCCACGAGCUCCAGCUGAUGCCUUGAUACAGGUUGGACCAUGGGUCUACCCUUUGGUGACAGGAAAGACUCCUGUCCUACACAACGACUUUGGCGCAUAUGUUGUUCCAAAUCCGACUCAAGAUCACCCAAACUUGGCCGUCGCUAUAAUUUUACCGGCUGAUGCAGGACCUCAGGUUGAAGAGGAAUUCCGUCAGAUUUUGGGACAAUUUGCUGAUGUGCGGGAUCAAGAUCUGAAGAAAGAGCUUUCAGAGGAAGACAGUAAACAUAUCAGCAAAAAGAUCGCGAAAUUACUAAUCACGGCGUGGAGAGCGUGUAGCUUGGGGAGUGGAAACACAGCGGCUGUAAAAGUGACGUCAUACUUGGACGACAAGGGAGAGAAGUAUGUUGAAUUUUGCUUUGCAAACUCCAUUUCCUUCUUACAGGUAUCGAGCUGGCCUGGCUCCACCGAGAGCCCUAUGACCAUUAACCCGGCUCUUAAAGGAAGUUUAGUUUACAUGCACAAAGGAUCAAAACUUGUGGCCAAAUGCACUCGAUAUUUGCUGGAUAAAAUAGGUGACGCUGGAAUAGCUAUUGGGCGAUCAUUAGCAUCUGGUGCAGAAAGGACGUUGGGUAAAGGCAGUGGUGGUGGACUCGUGACGGGCACAAUAUCUGUGAUAGGAGGCGGUAUUGUGGGUGUGAGCACUGUAUGGAUGGCACUUGAGGACAACAGUCGUACGCUUUGCCGGAAUAUUGCUGAUCAGACGGUUCGGAAUGUGAAGAUAAAGUACGGAGAUGAAGCAUCGGAAGCAGCUCAUCAUGCCCUGUUUGCUGCAGGCCACAGUUCGUUGGCAGCUGCUCAGCUUUGGGAUCUUGGACCUCGCAGUAUCGCUGGUCGAAUGGCAAAGCGUGCCGGAGUCCAGAGUGAAUUAUGGAAUUAUAACUACAGGAAGAAAAACAUCAAGUUGGUGGCGUCUGAAACCUCUCAAGAUCAGCGCUUUGUAAUUAGCGAUGAAAUGAACGGCGAAGACAAGGCAAUAGAGGAAGCUUCUGAAGAGGUUGAGCAAGACGACGAGGACGAAGCUGGGCAAAGUACACAGAAAGAAGGAGGAGCGGGUGAACUCAACGAUGAUGACGACGACAUUGAUAAUCCCGGAGUCCAAACAGAGGAAAUCAGGAGUACUGUAUUUUUCUCGUAUUCCGCCAAAAUUCACGCCAUCAAGCGUAAUAAAAAUGCGAAAACGAUUGAAAAUCGUUAUCUAGAGGGAUGGUUGGAAGUGAAACGGAAGAAAGUUGCUAAGGCUUUAGCUGCUCGAUUUGACAACUCUCCUGUGGGUGGGAAGAAACGAGACUACACGUCAAGUGUCUUGUGGAACAUCAAGUAUCUAAGCUCUUUCAAAUGGGUCCAUUUAAUGGAACAACUGCAGUAUGAACGUACGAUAUCGAUGCAUCGUAUGAGCGCCGAAAUAGCUCAAGCGAGAAGAGUUGCUGCACAUUUUGAGGAACAAGUUGAUAAAGGACGACAUCUCAAAAGAUUGGAGGAAAAGGCUUUGAAGGCUGGUGGUCUUUGGAACAAGUUCCAACGUGAGAUUGAACAGCGAAAAGUUGUGAAGAAGUCGAUAAAAAAGAAACUGAAAUCAAAACAACCGCAUUCGGCUGCUAAAGACGAAGAAGUGUUAAAAAUGAUAUUCGCUGAGUAA